AUGGAGGAAAGUGCUAUUAAAAUUGUUUUGGCUGUGCUUCUAUUAGCAGUGGGUACAUAUUAUUCCUUACAAUUAGGUAAACAAUUCAAACCAAAGGCUACAUUAGUUAAAGGUCAAUAUAAGAAGUUUCCAUUGAUCAGAAAGACGAUCUUGUCACAUAAUAGUGCUGUUUACCGCUUCAAACUGCCAACUGAAGAUUCUAUCUUGGGUCUACCUGUUGGUCAGCACAUCACUGUCAAGGCUGUAAUAAAUGAAAAGACAAUUAUCAGAUCCUACACUCCAACUUCAUUAGACACUGAUUCUAGAGGGUUUUUCGAGCUGUUGAUUAAAUCUUACGAAAAUGGUAACAUGUCAAAGAAUUUUGCUGAAUUGGAACUUAAUGACACUAUUGAAUUGAGUGGUCCAAAGGGUUUCUACAAUUACUCACCAAACUGCCGUAAGGAACUUGGUAUGGUUGCAGGUGGUUCUGGUAUUACGCCAAUGUAUCAAAUAAUAAAAGCAAUUGCUCAGAAUCCAAAUGAUAAAACUAAAGUAUCAUUAAUUUAUGGUAAUGUUGCUGAGAAGGAAAUUUUAUUGAAAAAACAAUUAGAUGACUUAGUUGCUACCAAACCAGAGCAAUUUAGAGUUUACUAUGUCGUUGAUAACCCAAGUGAAGAUUGGACUGGUGGUGUGGGUUACAUUACUGCGGAUGUCAUGAAAGAAUACUUACCAGCCCCAGGUCAUGGUGUCCAAUUGUUAGUCUGCGGCCCACUGCCAAUGGUAUCAAGUGUUAAAAGGUGUGCCGUUGCCCUAGGUUUUGCAAAAGCCAAGCCAGUUCCAAAAAUGGAAGAUGAAGUUUUCGUUUUUUAG